AUGGCUGAAGCAGCUGGCGGAAUCGACCGUAAGGCCGAUGAACGGAUGGAAUUCUCAACCUCGAAAGAGGUUACUGUUCACCCCACCUUCGAGUCUAUGUCAUUGAAGGAGAACCUGCUCCGUGGCAUCUACGCUUAUGGAUACGAAUCUCCCUCCGCUGUGCAGUCCAGAGCCAUUGUCCAGGUGUGCAAGGGACGCGACACGAUCGCGCAAGCCCAGUCAGGAACUGGCAAGACCGCUACGUUCUCGAUCAGCAUGCUCCAGGUUAUUGACACGGCCGUGCGUGAGACACAAGCUCUUGUCCUGUCCCCGACGCGUGAGCUGGCCACGCAGAUCCAGUCCGUGGUCAUGGCACUGGGUGACUAUAUGAACGUCCAGUGCCAUGCCUGCAUUGGAGGGACCAAUGUUGGAGAGGAUAUCCGCAAACUCGAUUACGGACAGCACAUUGUAUCAGGCACGCCAGGCCGCGUGGCCGACAUGAUCAGAAGGCGCCAUCUGCGAACAAGACAUAUAAAAAUGCUGGUUUUAGACGAGGCCGACGAACUGUUAAAUAAGGGUUUCCGGGAGCAGAUUUACGACGUUUACCGCUACCUGCCACCUGCCACCCAGGUCGUGGUCGUGAGCGCUACGCUGCCUUACGAUGUUCUCGACAUGACAACGAAGUUUAUGACAGACCCCGUCCGUAUCCUGGUCAAGCGUGACGAGUUGACCCUUGAGGGUUUGAAGCAGUACUUCAUUGCUGUGGAGAAGGAGGACUGGAAAUUUGACACCCUUUGCGACCUUUAUGACACUCUUACGAUCACCCAAGCAGUUAUUUUCUGCAACACACGACGCAAGGUCGACUGGCUCACAGACAAGAUGCGUGAGGCCAACUUCACCGUCAGCAGCAUGCACGGAGACAUGCUUCAGAAGGAGCGCGACAGCAUUAUGCAGGACUUCCGUCAGGGUAACAGCCGUGUCCUGAUUUCCACAGAUGUUUGGGCCCGAGGUAUCGACGUGCAGCAAGUCAGUCUGGUUAUCAACUACGACCUUCCUAGCAACCGUGAGAACUAUAUUCACCGUAUUGGACGUAGCGGCCGAUUUGGACGCAAAGGUGUGGCUAUCAACUUCGUUACUACCGAAGAUGUGCGUAUUCUUCGCGACAUUGAGUUGUACUACUCUACCCAGAUCGAUGAAAUGCCCAUGAACGUUGCCGACUUGAUUGCGUAA